AUGCCUCCCGAAAUCGCCGACUCUGACGAUGAAGUCGAUGUCGUUGAGCAGGAGCCUGGAAACGCCUCUAGUCCAGUCCCGACGCGUGGCUGCGACCAAACGCAGAGACUCUCGGAUCAAGGCUCCAGCGCGAUAAAGGGCACAGGAAGUACAGACAAGCUGAUACGCACUCUGCAGGAGACAGAAUAUGUUGGAGUUGAGGACCUCGACCAGGCUUUCGGCCUCAGUGGACCGAACGGCAGGAAGAGAGCCUUGUCUGAGACACCACGAGAUGACAUGAACGUUGACCUCGAAGGUCCCAAGAAUAAGAGGAAUAAGACAUAUGGCUCCAAGACGAGAGCUAACUAUGCUGAGUUCUUCAACAAUCCUCCGCCAUCGGUAGCUGAAGCACCUGUUGCCACCUCAACGACCGACUACCUGCCUACCAUGGACUCCCCAACGAGUCCUCUAGAACCAGCGUCAGCGUCAAAGACCAGACAGCGCGAUCGACCUAGGAGGGUCGCUAGUCUGCUGGAAAUUGGCAACGAACGGCCGUACUCUACCUCUCUCUCGUCCAUGGGAGGUCAUAGGUCUAUGAACGUCGAUCCAAAUGCCAAUCCUUUCGGCACAGAUUCUCAACCCGUCAUGGACGAUGAUCAUGCCGUUGACGGUAGUCGACCGGACCUCUCCCAGAACCUGCACUUGAACGAUCUCAUCAACGAGUUCGCUGAACAGAAUGCACCAUCUCAGAUGUCAAUCUCUCCUGCCCGUCCUUCGUCGCCAGUUGCGCCAGCAGUCGAACCUCUUAGUGACAGUGAGACGGCUGCGCCUCCAAACAACCUCAGAUCUGGCAACGGAGAAGAGUCUGAACGACCGCUCAAAAGACGCAAUACGGCACAGACGCCCGUCCGAUCCUCAGCUCUUGUUGAGGAGCAACAAAUUCAGCGGUCUGCAUCUGUGACAACAGACAUCUCGGCAGCAUCCAAACCUGUGGUGGCAAAGAAGCGAGGGCGGCCUGCCAAAGCGAAGAAGGCAUUGGAUGUGGAUAUAGACGCAGACACUGACGAACUUCAUUCAGUCAUGGGCCCACCGGCACGGGCUAGCUCCGUCGAUAUCUCCUCGCAGGUCUCACAGCCCCCUCAAUCUGCCAGCAAUACAAAGCGGAAGCGGAAGCGCAGCAAAGUCGACGACGAGCCAGCUGACGUGGUCCUUAAGCAGCACCCUUCCAGCGAGCUCAACCUUAGCGACGAAGCAAUGAUCGGACUUCCAAAGGAGAACUACAAGCCGCGGCCGAGCCGCUCAAGAUCGAAGCGUACUGACGAAGAUGGAGGCACUCCAGCACCUGAAUCCACGGCAUCACGAGCUCAGACAGCCGAGAUCGCAACGCCCAGGAAGGAGGCUACUCCUGCCAAACGCUCCACAGCCAAAGGCAAGAAGAGCAAAGUCAAGAGAGCCAAAACAUCCGCCGCAGGCCUCCUUAAGGCAUCCGCGCCCAUGUUCGAAGACGGCGAGGAAGACGUCUUGUGGGUCGAAACCAAACCUUCGCCCGUCAAGCUUGAUCUGCCACCCGACCUUGCCGUACUUAAGAAAGAGCAGACCCCUGACAUCAACGAAUCAGCCGACGAGCUGCAAAGCAACGCCGGCCGUCCUAAGCAGACUUUGCUCAGCGUUGAGGUACCCAUCAUGCCGGAUGCUCAGUCGGACGCUGCAGCUGAGAAGAAGACGUCUAAGAAGCGUGGCAGGAAGCCGAAGCAAGGUCUUGCUGCUGCUCAGGAGGAGGACUCUGAGCGGGCACCCCUCGCCGAGAAAGACAUCAACAAGGCACCCAACAAGACCACAAACGCGAAGUCCAAGCCGAUCAUUACCGACUCCGAUGACGAGGAAGAAGACGACAAAGAGAACGCCGAGCAGACCGCCGCAGCCGCUCCGAAAGCCGAUGCUGCCACUCCGCCCAAGGACAACGCUGUCACACCACAGUCUCCCUCCCCAACCAAACCUGCCAUCCACUCACCCCUCAAAACCACGCUCUCCGCCUCAUCAGUCUCCUCCCAACGCACCCAGCGCUACCGUGUCGGCCUCUCCAAACGCAGCAGCAUCCCGAGCCUACUGCGUAAAGUCCAGCGCGACAAGCCGCCGCCGACCAAGACGGGCGUCAAGGUCAAAGAGUUCAAGGUUGCGGGGAUAAACGACGGGACCGAAGGCGAGGAGGGUGAGGGCAAGUGGCCUGGCGUGUUGAGGGACAAAGACGGGCGGCUGGUUGAGUGGGAUUUCUGA